AUGUCUUCAUGGCUCGCUCGUUCUCUCGCAAACUCUCUCCGAUUCGACGAUGACGGUAACAUUGAAAACGACGUCGUAACCGACCCUCCAACAACGUCCCCCAGAAUUUCCCCUCAACAAAAUGAAUCACAAGAUAAUGCAAUAAUUGAAUCACAAUUACAACAUCACGAUGAAGAUGAUGAUGAUGAAACGCAAGGUCGUGGUGUUAAAGAAGACCUCGACGAAAUCAAACAAACCCUAACUCGUCAAUUUUGGGGAAUGGCUUCGUUUCUCGCUCCUCCCCCAACGACUUCUCAAUCCGAUCACUCUUUCUCUGACAAACGACAACAACAACAACAAGAGAAUGAACAUCAACCACAAUUUGAUGAGGCUGUGAUUUUUAAUCAAUCUUUGGAUAUGGAACAAGGUGCGCUCCGUGAGGAUGAUCCUGACCCGAAUUCGAAUACAUUUGGAUCCGAUUCAGAAGGUGGCCGGGAGCCGGAGUUUGAUAUCCCGUCUGCAGUUGGAAUUACGGAGGAGGUGUUGACGUUUGCUUUGAAUAUCGCUAUGCAUCCCGAGACGUGGUUGGAUUUUCCUAUUGAUGAGGAAGAUGAUACCAAUGAUUUUUACAUGUCUGAAGCCCAACAAGAGCAUGCUUUGGUCGUUGAAAGACUUGCUCCGAGAUUAGCUGCACUCAGAAUUGAACUGUGUCCUUGUCAUAUGAGUGAAAGUUACUUCUGGAAAGUCUAUUUUGUGCUUUUGCAUUCGAGGCUUGAUAAGCAAGAUUCAGAGAUUUUGUCUACACCCCAGGUCAUGGAAGCCAGAGCGACAUGGAUGCAGGAAUUGCACAAACAAACAAAGCCUGAAUUUGAUAUUUUCGGAAGAAAUGAUCUCUACUCAAGAGAAAAUGUUCAGCAUCAUGAUUCUACUCCCAGCUUAUCAGAUGACACAUAUUCUGAUGACAUGCCUCACCAGGCAUACGGAUAUAGAACAGACUAUUUGUUUGUGAGGGCAGAUAAUGAGUCUGAGAAGCACACAAUCGAAAGUUCUGGAUCACAUUUCUCUGAUAAGUCAGUUAUUGAAGAAAAUCCAAUUAUUAAAAAUGAAAACAAGGAUCUAAGAAGUGGUCGACGGUCUCAAAUUAUCAUUCAAGACUAUGGUGAUGAUGACGAUGAUGAUUGGCCAGAGGAUGAUUCUGACUUAGGGGGAUAUGGUGGAGCAGCACUCCCUAUUGUCAAUGAAGAAGACAUAUCUUUCAGCGAUCUAGAGGAUGAUGAUUUUGGCAUUAAACAUGUUAGUGCCAAUCCAGAUUCAAAGGUGGUAUGA